AUGGAAUAUUUUCGUUACUAUCGUAGUUGGAUGUAUGAUAGAACGUUACGAGGCAGACGUGGACUUAUACCAAAUUUUGAGGAAGGAGUUAAGGGGUUUAUCAUGUGGGCAUUUGCACAAGAAUGUUGUCGACGCGAAGGAGGAGUAAAAUGUUCUUGUCUUAAAUGUGAAUGUAGACCUAUAAUUAGUGACCCUGAGGAAGUAGAACGUCAUUUGAAGAGGAAAGAUUUCAUUAAAAAUUAUUGA